CAGGAUCCUGAUACGUGGCUGGUUUUUGGGAAAGCCGUGUCUGACACACAGUAACUUGUGUGCAGCAGCUAUAGCGGGUCUCUGCCUUCAGCUGCUGGAGCCUGCAGACCCUCAGCCUGCCUUCAUCUACCCGGCCUGGAUGGCAGGGACACACUGGUGCAAACACUGCAGAAACCACCAGCGUUACUGGUUACAAGUGCGUUUUGGACCGUGGGACGGAUGAAAGGUGGAAGCUGUAAGAAGCCCAGCUGGGCUGCUAACUUUGUCACAGUAACCCUGCUGAUGCUGACCACCAGGGUGGCAUCAAGCAGCCAGAAGAUGACACAAACAGCUAUGGGUCAUGCUACAGCCACAGCUGCAGGACCAGGCCCCGUCCUGACUGAUGACCUCCCAGGCCUCCAGGCAGUAGCAGACUUCUUAGCCAGCGAACAGGCUCAUGUUUGGCUCUUAUCUCUGGUGGGCUCAGUUGUUGUAGGCCUCAGUGGGAUUUUCCCCCUGCUUGUCAUUCCCAUUGAAGCAGGAGCAGCCCUCAAAACUGAAGCUGGAUGCCAGAAACUAAAGCAGCUUUUGAGCUUUGCCAUCGGUGGUCUCCUUGGCGACGUAUUCCUUCACCUCCUUCCUGAGGCGUGGGCGCUCUCUGGCUCUUUAGCUGGUAAACACAACCACUACAUGACCCAGGGCUUGUGGGUAAUCAUGGGGCUGCUGGCCUUCCUACUCCUGGAGAAGCUGUUUCCAGACCAAGACAGCCAAGAGGAUCUGCCUUCAGAUUCAGACAUGAAUUCUAACUCCGCUAAACAGUCUAAUUCAGUUUUCAGUGGAAAGGCAGCUGUGUCACUCAGAAAUGGGCACCAUGCUGAUUCAUGGAAAUCCUCCAAGCAAGAGAGUCUGCCACAAAGAUCAGAGAAAAUCAAGACAAGUGGGUACUUAAACCUGCUGGCCAACUGUAUUGACAACUUCACCCACGGACUGGCAGUAGCGGGGAGUUUCCUGGUUAGCAAGAAGGUUGGGUUCCUUACCACCUUUGCUAUCCUGCUCCAUGAAAUCCCCCAUGAGGUGGGAGACUUUGCUAUUCUCCUGCGGGCCGGGUUCGACCGUUGGAGUGCUGCUCGUAUGCAGCUGUCCACUGCGCUGGUCGGGGUCUUAGGGGCCUGCUUUGCUCUGUGUGCUCAGUCACCUAAAGGCACAGAAGAUGCAACUGCAUGGGUUCUGCCUUUCACCUCUGGAGGCUUUCUCUACAUAGCCUUGGUGAAUGUUGUGCCUGACCUGCUGGAGGAGACCAGUUUAAGGCACUCCUUACUGCAGAUCCUGCUCAUCUUCUGUGGUGUGGCUGUCAUGGCGCUCUUGACUGUUAUUAUUGACUGAACAAAGAGGAAACCCCCUCUCGCCUUACCAAACUUACAAAAAACACUAGAACCCAGCACAGGAGAGUAAUCCCGUUUUCCACCAGCCCCCUUAUAUGUGGUACCUCUCAUUGAUAAUGAUGAAAGGAUGCCACCUCCUUAAAUCAUCAUCAUUAUGUUAUGCUAAAACAAAUAUCUGACAAAAGAAUGGCACUUUAUGGAUGGAUGACUGAAAGGAAGACCUUCUCGAUCUGCUGAAAGGACAUUUGUGUGGACACUUGUGCCAGACCUACAGUAAAUAUCAAAAGAAUUAAGAGGGUUUGUAUGUAUCUGUUGCCAAAAUUGUCUUAUAUUGUUCAGACAAUCACAUUGUUUUGCACAUACAUGUACAUAGACCUGAUGCACCUGCUCAACAGAACAGGUAUGAUUGGACCUUUACAUGACCACCUCCUUAAAAAUGUAUUCAGCCCUGAAUUGUAUGUAUUGUUACUCUUGUGCAUCUUCUGUUUUCUAUUGUAGCUGCUGCAUAUUUAUUGAAAAUGAGACAAGCAACAUAACAUUUUGUCAGACGUGCUUCACCAACACACCAUCAGUUUGUCUCGUUAAGAAUUAAGUGCCAAGAAUUCAGGUUAGUCUGUUUCGCUUUGUGUCUGCUCUACACCAAAGUACUCUUCUUCUGUUUGUGCCUCCCACCUACAGCACAGUUGCAGUAAUAAUUGCACCUUUCGAGCAUGAGUUGGUGAUCAUUACAAAAAGCUGUUUUUGAGUUGGAAAAAAUAUGACAAUGUUAAGAUAUUUGAAGAAAGAGGGUUACUGUUUGUUAGUAUUUGAUUUUGACUUAUACUUGCGCUCAACAAUUUUUGUGAGACUUGGAAUGGAUUUUGUAUAGUGCCAAUUGAUUCAUUUUCACAAUUAAUGAGUUAUUUUGGUUUUUCAGUAUGUGAGAAAAUAAUAGAAAAAAUCAGUUUUUACAAGCUUAAGACGCAAUCUACAGUGUCUCAUUUUGUCCCAACUAACAGUCCACAACCCAAAGAUAUACAGUUUACUGUCAUUGACAAGACAUUUUUGCAUAAAAAAAAAAUAAUAAAAAAAUAUGGAUUGAUUAUCUAAACAACUGGUGAUUAAUUUUCUGUUCAUUAUAACCGCUGUAAUAACUCACAGGAUUAUUCAUAUCAUUAUGUUGUUUCCUCCACUGAAGAAAUAAACAGUACAUUUCUGA